CGACUUUUGACAAUCAGCCUCUAGCAGCGGAGCGACCGGUCGGCGGCGGCGAGCGCAGAAAGUGGUCUUGGAGCGGGCGGCUGCGCGCGGGGUGGCGGGGCGGCUGCGGCCUGCCGGUUCCGGUUUGAAGACUCCAUCCCUUGUCACCCACUGGAUUAUGCUCGUGGCUUUCCUGCCUGAUGAUUCUUUUGCAGCAGGUCUGGCUUCCUUUACCUAAUCGGCCCUCAGCCUCUCCUCCUAUGUCAGUGGCUGCCAGGUCCACAAGGACCUUGCGGCUCCCGCCACAGAAGGCUUUUGGGCAGGAAGCAUCCUUGCCUCUGGCAGGGGAAGAGGAUUUAGCGAAGAGAGGGGAGCCAGACUCUGCCCUGGAGGAGCUGUGUAAGCCCCUCUUCUGCAAACUCUGCAAUGUCACCUUGAACUCUGCUCAGCAAGCCCAGGCACACUAUCAGGGUAAAAACCAUGGCAAGAAACUCCGAAACUAUUAUGCAGCUAACAGCUGUCCUCCUCCAGCCAGGGUGAGCAGCGUGGUGGCAGAGCCUGUAGCCCCACCCCUUGUUCCUGUCCCUCCGCAGGUGGGCUCCUGCAAGCCAGGGGGCAGGGUGAUCCUGGCUACAGAGAAUGACUACUGUAAGCUGUGUGAUGCCUCCUUCAGCUCCCCUGCCGUGGCACAGGCACACUACCAGGGGAAGAACCAUGCCAAGAGACUUCGUCUGGCCGAAGCUCAGAGUCACUCAUUCUCGGACUCCGCAGAGGCAGGGCAACGGCGGACUCGGAAGGAAGGGAGUGAAUUUAAGAUGGUGGCCACCAGGAGGAAUAUGUAUACAGUCCAGAGCAAUUCAGGCCCUUACUUCAAUGCCCGCUCUCGGCAGAGGAUCCCACGAGAUCUCGCCAUGUGCGUUACUCCAAGUGGCCAGUUUUACUGCUCGAUGUGUAAUGUUGGAGCUGGUGAAGAGGUGGAGUUCCGGCAGCAUCUAGAGAGCAAGCAGCACAAAAGCAAGGUGUCCGAGCAGCGGUACAGGAGCGAGAUGGAGAACCUGGGCUAUGUUCAGUGAUGGCCGUCCUCACAGAGAAGCCUGUCCUGCCUGUUUGCCUUCUGUCGACCUGCCUUGCUUUGUGGUCCUCCAUGCGUACAUUCCUCAUUUCUCUGCUUAGUGCGAGGAACCUGCAGUGGUGCCAGAGCUGUCAGGUCGGGGUGGGGGAGGGGUGUUUCUUAGAUCACGAUGCUCUUUUGGGCCAGCUGUGUCAAACAGCUCACAGUGGUGUGUGAGCUUCCUGCCCCACCAGGUGUAACUUCUUAUCUUAGCCAAGUUCUGGUUAAGCAGCAGUAGCCUGACCACUUAGAGCUAUGAUUAUUUAAAAAUGGCAUCCACUUUUGCGGUUUUAGGUUUACGCACAUUAGAGGAAUUGACUUGAGUUCUUACUUCCAAUUAGAGAAAACAGGUAAACAGAGAUUCCCGUUUCCUGAUGCUCCUGGGAACCAUUACCACCACAGUGUGGUGUCAGUAAGAUGUGCUGUUAUGGUGUGUGCCUGGGUCUCCCAAUAGCACCUGGUUCCCUGUGGCAUAGCCCUCCCUCCGUAAUUGACACAUAGGUUUCCUUGAAUUCAUAUAUGUCCAGAAUACUGUGUUCUUCUGAACAUGUAACUUCAUCUCCAGUUGUGAACUGCACACAUGUUAAUUCCCAUCUACUCCCAACUUGGAUCAGCUUCUCUGCUCACCCCAUUCUCAUGGCCUCUCUGUGCUGGCAGUUUCGGAGACCCAGCUUUGACUGUCUAAUGAGUUGAAGAUGGAUAUUCUUUUAGAAAAUAUAUUUUCAGAUGAUUCAAGGAAAUGCAAGGAUGUGUUUGAGAUUUCAAUUUGGAAUUCUAUUUUCAUUCAUGAUUAUGUGAACUCAUGGGAUAGUGGCUUUUUGAUGAUUGUAUCCUGGCACUGCCCUGAUAGGUAAUGGGCAUGCCUGGAAAAUACCCCUGUCUGCUCACUCUUCCUUCCUUUCUUUUUUUCUUCCUUCUUUCCUUCCUUCCUUCCUUCCUUCCUUCCUUUCUUUCUUCCUUUCUUCCUUCUUUGCUUUCUUUCUUCUUUUAAAGCUGAUCAAGUUUCAGUGUCACUUCCAAUAGAAAAACAUUCAACCGCUGCAUUCCCUUCUUUGCCUCCUUGAAGAGACUGAAAACACAGAUGACUUGGUGUCUAGUGAUUAUAAUGGGAUUCUUAUUUUUUAAAUAAAAAGCCAUAGUGUAUGUCUAGAUGGACUGAUGGCGUGUUAUGUGAACUUGUGUUCACUCUGUGUCCUUUGUCCUGUUUCCUUCACGUAGGUAAGGCUAGCAUGCCCGUGCUUAGGGAAGCACGCAUGCUCCUGCAGAAGGCUUAGGGCAAGCAGUAUUUCACACCAUGACAAAUGCAUAUUUCAUUACUCAGUCAACUGAGAAGUCUUCAGGCAGAUCGAGAGGGUGGAAACGCUCGGCUGCCUCCUCUCCAUUUUUGCUUUAGAGUAGUUGAGGCCCAUAAUUAAAGGUUAAUUUUAUGAUUAGCUUCUGGAACCGUACCUGGUUACUUUCUCCUGGUGAAGUGCUGGUUUCUGGAAAAGUAGAGCUAUUUGGUUAAGUAUUUUCCCCUUAGAAACAGGAGAAAGAACAGUGUUAGUUUAAGAUUUGAUCUCCAUUUGUAACUCCUCAUACCAAGAACCCCUCCUGUGGCCAUCUACAGAGUUGGUCAGUUUAGGACAAUUUAGGGUAUAUCUUGUUAGCCAUUUGGUUGUUCAUUUUGCUGCAAAAUAUAACUCUUUGGUAGACUUAAAUAUACUGCUAGCCACUUGGUUCUGUGAUUGUUUAACAGUCUCAUCUGUUCUCUCUGCAGGAUGUGUGCCUGUGUGUCUUUGUGUUUGUAUCUGAAGAUACCCCCCUCCCCUGUUUUACAUGAUACCCCAGAGAGAAUUUCACCUCAUCUUUAUCUCAGAUAACAUUGAAAGAUUCUGGGUAUGGGUUUACAUUUUAUAAAAGUGGCAUUCAUCUUCUUUGAGUUCUUUUCCUCUGGGAAUCAAGUCAAAGGAUGUCCUCCCCACCCCCACCCUCAAAUACUCUCCUCCUGUGUAUACAGAAAACAGUGGACUUAAGGGCUUGAUGUGUUUUCAAGCCUCAUGAAUUCAGGUUUCUAGUCUCCCAGUGCCCUUAAUGAAUGUUAGGGACGCAUAAGUGUGGUUUCUUUUAGAGUGAAAUGUUAGAUUUAUAGUGUUAUUUCUAUAUUCCUUUGCACUAGAGAGAGUGAUGAGUUUGUUUUAUGACACUCCAGUGCCAGGUUGCCUAUGAUAACUGUUUGUUUCUAAACUCUGGAAGUCUUUAAGUAACUUCUAUGGUUAUUGUUUAUUCUAUGGUUAUUUCAGACAUCCUGUGCAUGUCUGAAACACUUCGGGGUUCCCUGGCUGAGGCUUCAUUGUCCUUACUUGUAUUCAGUGGGUAGGACAGAGGCCAUCAGAGCUGCAUGGUGCAGCUUUUCACUAAGCAAAUGCUGUAUGGACUGUGUCCCUUCCUUUUCUGAUCAAGCAAUGGUGGCAUCUGAGUCCAGGUGAGCUCUCUGUUGGCUUCAUUUUGCUGUAGGACUGGCCCCCUGUUCCCCAGGAAGCCUGAACAUUAUGGUGUGUCACAGACAUGGAUGGACAGAAAUGUAAACAAAUGGAGACCUUAUUCCAAAAUUAAGUAGAUUUCAGUUUCAUCAGUUACUUGUAGCAUUGACGUCUGUUCUUGUGGCUCUGUGCUUCAUGAUGAGGCCAGUCAGAACACCCAGAGCCAAGGCUUCAGGAGGAGUCUGGUUUCAGUCAGAUGGUCUGCAUCCCAUAUACCUUCAGAAGGCAUUAGCUUUGGAAGUUCAGCUAUAGCCCUGUGUGCUUUGACCUUUUAGACUUUAUGUUAAGCAGAGACUUUGCUGGUCUGGGUUGGUCUGUGUCCUUCCGCUUGUAAAUGCAUGCCUAUUGUUUUAUGUCUGUCUGCUUGACUCUUACCAGCUGCAUUCUGCAUUUUCCACACUAUUUGUCUUGAUAAAAAGCUCCUCCUCAUCUUCCCUUUUAGUUUGCUAUGGGCUUAGAGAGUUAGUGAGGAGGUUUGAAGCUCUAGAAAUGGAUGAAGGACCAUGGCUGAGAGCCUGUGAUCUGCUGAGGUGACUCUCCCACCUCACCCCACAGAGCUGCCCUACCGAGCUUUGUGUAGCCCUCAGUCUACAACCCUGCAAUCCCAAUAGGGAGAAAAAUGUUAUACAUAUAUAUGUAUACCUGAUUAAGUAUUCCUAUGUAGAUAGGAUCUCAGAAUUGACAGUGGGACUUGGAACUGUCCCAACCUGUGUUUCCAGGGAGUGUGAGCAAUGGCAGUUCAAGGGUAGAUAAGUAACCUGUGUUUCCAGGGAGUGUGAGCAGUGGCAGUCCAAGGGUAGAUAAGUAACUUCCUUGUAGUGCUUUCCUUGCAGAGAGAACAGCAGGGUUGGAAUAUUCUGUAAAUGUCAGAACUUGGGCUGGAAGUAUUACCAGAGAAAUUGGUGGGCUGUGUGCCCAAACAGUGAGUGUCUUUAGAAAUGGGGAAACAUUUUGUUGGUGUAUGCACAAGUUUAAUGUAGAUAUUUGAACAGAUGUUUGAAAAAAAUUCUACCUUGCUCCCCACCCCUUAAAUCUCUGUUAGGAGUUUUAUAUGUGAUUAGAAAAAAAAUUGCUUUGUUGCUUUUGUGUUCUGUUUGGGAGAGUCUCCUGUGAGCUGCCGUGUCAGCGUAACUGAGUGGACACUGGCUGUGUAAAUACCUUCUCAUGAGACAUCUACAUGGAUAGCUGUGUGGCAUUUCCUCCCAUUAUCGAUAGCAACUCUUUGUGAAAGCCCUUUCUCUGUAGCUACCAAAAAAAAAAAAAAAGUCCUGGCUUAUGGUCCCAUGUGACCUUGUGUCCGUUAAACCCAGAAUACGAGUGCCUUUAGCAAGUGUUAGCAUUUCACAGAGGGAGAGACGACAGGAUUUACUGCCAUUAACCAAUGUUCAUAAAAUAGCUUGAAAUAGCAACAGUCCUUGUGAAUUCUGUUCUGUGCCCCCCCCACCCCAUUUCUUAGUGGAAUCUCAAUUUGCUUUUGGGUAAAGUGUGCACUCUGGGUGGGAGCCUGGCUGCUGGGGCUGCUCUAGUCAUCUUGGUGGCUGUGUUUGAUACCACAGAGCACUCAGCUGGAGAUGUUGAUGCUGGAAAAAACUUCCUACACUGACCGUGCUCCGGCUUGAUUCUUCUGCGGAGUGGAGAGAGUUAUGUAUACAAACAGUGUAGCUCUGGGUCAUGUUGUACUUCAUCUCGCAUGGAUAGAGGGGCCUUUCCAAACAAGCUGGAGGCCUUUGAAAACAAUUUCCUUCCUUUGAUUACCUGAAAACAUUGAACUUCCUGAGGUCUUUACAAUCUUCCGAACAUAUGAUUAAACCAAUUUUCAUGUAGAAAUAGUAACAUUUGCCUCAGGAUUUUAUUAUGAAGAACUUUGAACAUUUGUUAAAGUACAGAACAUUUUGGAGCACACCUAACUUUAUCUCUUACUGUUGACAUUUCCCCACUCGGAUUUCCUCAUGUCUCCCAUGAGCCCAUCACCGUGUUCUUCUGUUUGCCCAUCAGGACAUUUCAGACUGUCCACACCGUGGGUGUCAUGCACUAGGAUUUACUAUUUAAAUGUUAAUGUCUUAGGAAGACCGCAUGUCAUAACCUGACGUAACCUGAGCCAGUAAAGAGCCUCUGUUCUGUCCUGUGGAUCUCAGUCUUCCUCGUUGUUUCCUGUCCUUGAGUGUGCUUAGAGUUUCCAACAAGUCUGUCCCAGGUUACGUGGCCCACAGACGUUACGUUCCCAACAGGACUUGCUGUGAGCUCCCAGGCCCUGUGCCCACUCACCUCCUAUGCCUGUACAUAGCAGAUUCAACUCUGAGACAACAGUACUGUCUACUGAGGGGUGGGCAAGCCUUAGAGCAGUCUACAGCCUUCCUCCAGUCAUGUUGGGGUGAACUGCAGUCUGCCUCCAUCCUCUGCCCACCUCCUGUGGCCAGCUCUGCAGAACUGAAGGGGUUUGCUCAGAUCGGAUAGAUUGAUGGGGAGAACCAAAUCACAGUCCAACCUGAGUGCGUUUAGGUUGUAAUCUUAGGCUUCCAGUGUAACUGAACACUUCCCUUGUGCCCUUAGGAGGACUGUACUUAUUUUUUACCAACUAGAAUUUUAAUUUUAGUCAUUUCAUAAUUUUCUUACCACAGAGAUAUUCCUGUGGUUAUUUGUUGUUUUGUGAUGUUCCAUGUAGCUCAGGUGAGUCAAUUCUACUAUGUAGCCAAGGAUGACUUUGAACUCCCUCGAUCCUCCUGCCUCCUCCUCCUGGUGCUGGGAUUACAGGCAUGUACCGCCAUGCCAGGCUAUAAAUUGUAGUUAUAAUUGAGUCCAAAGCAAUUGCUAAAAUCUCACUGCACUGUUGAACACCAACUCAUGCAGGGUCUGUCUGAUUGUUUUUGUCUUUAAAUGGCUUUUACAACCACUAUGUUGACGUAAGUGCUCAUGUAACCCCCUCACUCCUGAAAAUGGUGUUCUUCAUCCAUGACCCCCUCUCAUGCACUCUCUACCUGAUGCUUUUUUGUUGGUUUUAAGAAAUGACUCCAAAAGUCAGGGUGAGCGGAACUGUCUUAGGGCAGAGUCCACUUGGGGGCAAACCCUCCUGGAUGUAGCUGGUCGUAGUUCUGCCUUCUUUUGGUAUCUGAUCACCCACCAAAGGUUCUGUAAGCCAGUGUGUCAUUUUGUAAGUCUCAGGUUGACUCUGCUCACCUGUCGUCCCCCUCCCUACCCCCAAUCAACUGCAAUGACCUGGCAUGGGUUUUGUGUGUCGUCUUCAAAAUGCCUUAUUGGGUAUGCCAGGCUCUGCUGUCAGCAUCCCAGCUGUUUGCUGAGACAUACAUGUCCUCUCUGGGGUAUGUGCUCUUGAUCCAGAAGCAAAGCUUGGUUUUGCUUUCGAUAUCAAGGGUGCGUUUUAAUACAGUUAUAGUCUUACAUUAGAAAUGAAGCAGGAAGCCUAGAGAGUGUGGACCCUUCAUGUGAUCAGUCUGGUGAACUGUAAAUGUGCUUUUGCUGUUUCUAGAAAGAACACAGCUAAGAAAUGCCAGUCCAAAUUGGAAAGUGGGGCUGUGUCAUAUCAUGCUCUCCACUUGUCACUUGGCCUUUAAAAUCUGAGCAGGCCAUCGGGCAGUGGGCCAGUCUAUGUUCUGGGGCUACAGAGCUGACUGACGUCACAGGAUUCAAACCAAUCAACUGUGAAUUGUGAAAUUAAAAUUGCUCUUUUGGUUUUUUAUUUCCUUCAGCCUAAUAGAUAUAGAAGUCUGAAUGUUAUUUAAGCUUAUACCACUUACAUUGGCUCAUCUUGGCUGUGUAUUCUCAUGUCUGUACUGAUUUCUGAUAAGGCUCGAUGACAUUGUAACAGGCUUUUUGUGUUCAGUUCAAUAAAAUGGUUUCUGAGUCUCGUC